ACUGGCUCGCAGUCGGUGGCUGAGGCAGCGUCGAUAUUUCCUGUCAGCAGCUCAGAGCAGAGCCGAAGCGAGGGCGGAGGAGGCGAGGCGUGGAGCGGAGCGGAGAGGAGAGGGAUGGCAGAGAACAGCUCCGAGACAAGCGGCUCCGUUCCUCGGAGAUGUCCGACCCAUUCUUCCCCGGGGGAGAGAAAUGCUUCAGCGGGUGUCGGAGCUUCCAAAUGGAUACGGUUAAAUGUUGGGGGGACGUAUUUUUUAACGACAAGACAGACGCUGUGUCGAGACCCCAAAUCAUUUCUGUACAGACUGAGCCAAGCGGAUCCCGAACUCGACUCGGACAAGGAUGAAACUGGUGCCUAUCUCAUUGACAGAGACCCUGCAUACUUUGGGCCAGUGCUGAACUACUUGAGGCAUGGCAAACUGGUGCUCAACAGGGACUUGGCAGAGGAAGGUGUUUUAGAAGAAGCCGAGUUCUACAACAUCACAUCAUUAAUAAAACUCAUCAAGGACAAGAUCAGGGAACGUGACUGCAAAACAUCACAGGUUCCAGUAAAGCAUGUGUAUCGGGUGCUGCAGUGCCAGGAGGAGGAGCUGACACAGAUGGUGUCCACCAUGUCUGACGGCUGGAAGUUUGAGCAGCUUGUCAGUAUAGGUUACGGGCGGGCCCACCAGUCAGAGUAUCUGCUGAUUGUGUCAAGGGAGGUGAAGGGAGAGGAGUCUACUUUGCCAAACAACAGCGGAGAGCUCGUCAGUAUCGGCUCCUCUUACAACUACGGAAACGAAGACCAAGCUGAGUUCCUGUGUGUGGUCUCCAAGGAGUUACACAAUCAAUCAUACGGGACCAACAGUGAGCCCAGCGAGAAGGCAAAGAUUCUUCAGGAACGAGGCUCCCGGAUGUGAGAAGCACUCAGUAUUAGGAGCUCCAGGUGUUAAUGAUGCAGCCGAAUCAUAUCUGUGGAAGAGCGUUGAGCACAAUGGAGAUUUAGGGUGCGGGGAGGGGGUGUGUGCAUUUAUUUGUCUUCCCUCCACUUUUUAUUUUUUAUUUCUUGAUGUAAAUAAGUCUGUUUACUGACAAGUCGUGCCUGUACAUUUAAACUGGACCUUUUCUUUUUCUUUUUUUGAAUUGGCGGCAAGUAUUUUGAAUUUUAUUUUAUUUUUUUUUUCUUAUCUGCAAGUGAGGAAUUGUAAUCUACUAAUGUUUUAUGCUAUGAAACAUGGCCAUCAUCACAUAGGGCCAAUUAGUCACUCAGGGUCAUCUAAUGGGUUUGUAAUAUCGUUCAACUCUGGGGUCUUGUAAGGGAUCAGAGUGGUUUUUAAUAACUCCUAGUAUCAAAACAUGAAAUCAAUGCUUGGAGGCAUCAAGAAGGGAAUUGUGCUUUUACACCAUAAUGAGCUAAUUCAACCUAUCGGAUACAAAAAAAUCACCUGACAAAAUGUCUAUCCAAAGAUUUUGAACAUUUAAACAGACAACUGUGAUCACCAGGGUCCCGGUGGUUCAUUUUAUUUAUUUUUUCCUCUAUUCCCAUCCGUUAGUGAAAACGUCGCUGUGAUGCAAGCAGCAAAAUACCUAAAAGCUCCCCUCUUACAUUGGGGAGUCCGCUAGGGAUAUCGCAUCAGUUCUUGAUCAGUUUAAGGGCGAUUGAGUAAAAGCAAGGGCCGGUAGAAGUGUAAGACGAUCAGUUUAAGGAUACAUGCGAUUAAACAAAAAUUUCUAAUCUGAUCCAGCUGCUCUUAUUUCAAACAGAUUACCAUUAUUUAUACAAAUGUCUUGGCUUAAUUAUGAUGCAUAAAAGCUAAAAUAUUAAAUAAACGACCCCCUAAUUAAGGCGCCUAUCGAGUCCACUAUUCUUAAUCUGCUCUUCAUAAGGUAAACGCAACAACAAGCUAACAUUAGCUGAGUAAUUAGGCUAUAUCUUCUGAUAACUAUACUGCAGUCUGCUGCUUUAUAGACAUUCUGCUUACAGCUUGCAGAUAUAUUUUUAAAACAACCUGAAAUACUGCUAGACUAAUAUCUAUUUGCUUGCUUUCAGCCAGCUGACCAACAGUGCACAGGUCAUAAAUGCGAACUCCACACCUCAGGUGAACUCAAACCUUAGAAACAGAGUUACAUGAGAUUUUAAAAUACUUUUGACCGGCCCAUGUUUGUACUACAGGAUCAGGACCUUCAUAGUUUCUGUUUUUAACAAAUCAAAACAUUUUAAAAUACGAAGAUGUGUCAGAAAGAGUACUUUGUAGCAUACCUUGAACUGUGGGGUUUAGAGGAGUACUUUAAUUUUGCUAGUAUGUAUAAUUCUGAAAUGAACUGCCAAAAAAAAAAAAAAAUUAUUGAAAUGUGAAUUAUUUUAUGGAAUAUUUUUUUAUUCAGUGAUUAUUGACCUCUUGAAGAAAGUUAGGGUAAAUGUUUUCUUUUCCUCACUCCAGUGAUAUCAGAGUUCCCUUUAAGUUGUUUCUUUUAGUGCUUAAGGGAUCGUCCUUCAUUUUUCCUGAGGAGAAAAUACACUGCGGAUGGACUGGAACCGUUUCAGGCGGAGGUGAAGGACUCCCUUCAUAUCAACAUGAUUUAGUCUCCGUGUAAAUAGCAAAAACUCCAGCUUGAUAUUUAAAUCAUUUUAAGAAAAAGCUGCACGUUUUGUACACUGUAUAGAGAACACGACUUCAAAGGGAGGUUGUUUAUACUGGAUUUUUGGUUUUAAAGAUUAAAAAAAAUGAAGCGGAUUGUGAUGUUGACUUGCUGAUGCUGAUUUAGGAUUCCUUUCUCUGAGAUAUUUUGAUAACCAAUAACAAAGCUAUACUUGGCUGGCUAUGAAAUUGACUGUUACAUUUAAAAACAUUAUUUUUCUUCUGAGUGAUAUCGAGCAGUUAAAAUUAUCAGCUUCAUAAACAGGAUAAGAAGCACUACAGUGGAAGACUGUGCACUCUGCUUAAGGCCUGUAAUGUAAAUACUGCAUUUUAGAAAACCUUUGUUGUUUUAAGUUUGAUGUGUUAAUUUUUUAUAUAUAUAUAUAAGAUAGGUUGGAUAUUUUAUUCACAAAUAAUCAUUUAGUGUUGCCUUUUUUUUCCCAGUGACCAAAAUCCAAUGUCUUAUGCUUAUUUAGACAUUGAUCUUAGUGUCAGGGACAAGUAAACAUUUCUUAAUGCUGGCACACUUUAUGUAUAUAGACUUGUAACGACUCACCAACCUCCAUUUAAUCACAUUCACACAAACACUUGAUUAAACCAGUUUUUAUAUUUCAGAAUGAGUAUGGAUGCAUGUUUUUUGACAUAGAAAUAUUUAAAUAUAAAUAUAUAAACACAUGUAUAAACACACAAGGGCUUUUAAAAGUGCAAAAGUCGAGAUCUGCAAAGAGGUUUUAAUCAAAGUAGACUGGACUUUUCCUGCCAGAGCUAGGCUAUGUUUACAUUUGCUGUAGUAUUCUGAAGCCUUCCAAUUACUACUGUCUUGCACUCCCUUUUAAACUUCGUCGACCCACUUUGGACUUGUGUGAUGUCACCAGUUGCAGCUAGCACUCCCUGGAUUAUCACUCCGACAUGCAAACUAGUGAUGAAACACUUGUUCUCUCUGUUCCUAACUGCCAGUUGUUUGUCCCGUGUUGAGAGCAUUCUUUGUUUUCCACGUUUCCUCCCAUAGCAGAAUUUCAUUAUGUCAUGUAACUCAUUUUGACUCGGAGCUAAAGCCAGUAAGUUUUGAUAUAUAUAUCUUUAGUGAUUAAAAGUAUGUUAUGUUUAAUUUGCCUGGCUUGGUUGUAACUCUGAUUAUAUUCUGCUAUGCGGUUUUUGAUCCCCACAUACGUUUUGCAUUUAAUGCUCUCCUCACAGGUUGUUUUUUUAGUAUCCAACAUUAAUAGUCAUUCAUCUGUUGGACCAACUCCUUAAAUCUGUAGCCUAAUAUUUUUAAGUGCCCAGCUUGUUUUGCAUUGGAGUCAUUAACCACAGAUCACUGUAAUGCAUGACUGAUGAUCACAUUUUUAAUCAAUAGGAAUGAAUGUGUCAUUUCCCCCCCCCUCAAACUUAACAGUUGCAUCAAUGAACAUGGUUCUCAUAUCACUACAUGGAUCACUUCUAUAUGAUCUUAUGCAAUGUUAACAAUGUACAAACUAAGUAUGAGGGGAUAAGAGAUCUAUAUGGUCUUGCAUAAAUAAAUCCAAUAAAAAAGUUGU